AGCGCCGAGCAGAGCCGGGCUCCUGCGUGCGCUCGUCCCCAAGCCGAGGGUGGGCGCAGGGCGUUGGAGGCGCACCGCUGUCAUCCAGACAAAAAGAAACUUUGGGGCGCCGGGAGUGCCGGCUGGUGGGAAGAUCCGCAGGCUUUUUGUGCGUGGUCUUUAGGAUCAGCCGCUCCAGGAAGCAAGAUGUCGAAGCCGCCACCUAAACCGGUCAAACCAGGACAAGUUAAGGUGUUCAGAGCUCUGUAUACAUUUGAACCCAGAACUCCUGAUGAAUUAUACUUUGAGGAAGGUGAUAUUAUCUACAUUACUGACAUGACUGAUACCAAUUGGUGGAAAGGCACCUCCAAAGGCAGGACUGGACUAAUCCCAAGCAACUAUGUGGCUGAGCAGGCAGAAUCCAUCGACAAUCCUUUGCAUGAAGCUGCAAAAAGAGGCAACUUAAGCUGGUUGAGAGAGUGUUUGGACAACCGAGUUGGCGUUAAUGGUUUAGACAAAGCUGGAAGCACUGCCUUAUACUGGGCUUGUCACGGGGGUCACAAAGAUAUAGUGGAAAUGCUAUUUACUCAACCAAACAUUGAACUGAACCAACAGAACAAGUUGGGAGACACAGCCUUGCAUGCUGCUGCCUGGAAGGGUUAUGCAGAUAUUGUCCAGUUGCUUCUAGAAAAAGGUGCUAGAACAGAUUUAAAAAACAAUGAGAAGAAACUAGCCCUGGACAUGGCUACUAAUGCUGCCUGUGCUUCUCUCCUGAAAAAGAAACAAGGAACAGAUGCAGUUCGAACAUUAAGCAAUGCCGAGGACUAUCUAGAUGAUGAAGACUCAGACUAACUCCUUUCCAGAGCUUUAAGAUCUACAACUUCUAUUGCUUUUGCCAUUCCAAAUCUUGUCUUUGCCAGAAGAGUGUUUCUAACUGUAAAACAAAAACAACUACAUGAACAUGGCAGUAUUGCUCUGUGUUUCAGUAGAACGUGUAAAUGAGCAGUUCUUACCUUUGAUUUGCCAAUAAGUGACUGGAGCGUUUUCUGUAUAAUGUACAUUUUGGUUCACCAGAGUAGAGCAAGAAGAGAUUAUUUCUAUUUAUCAAGCUAAAGGAAUGUUUUAAGAAUGUUUUUCUUUAAAAAAAAAAAUCAGGAUAGUUUUUUUUAGUUAAACUUCUUUACCUCAGGAAUUGAGAUAUUUUGAGUGGAUUUUUCAAGGGGGCCGAAAUGCAUAUUAUAAUAAUAAACCAAAAGACUUAAAAUUGUCAGCUAUCCUGACAAAAAUAAACAUUUUAAGAGACUU